GUCACAAGUUGAGGAAUGAUUUAGAAGUAAGCCCCCAUCUGAAGGGCGCGUUUGGCUUGGCGUAAAACAAAUAACCUGCUUCUUAUCCGCUUCUUCAUCUGUCCCGCCAGGCUCUUCAAGUAGUAUGGGUGUUUCAGUUUCAUGGGCCCCUGCUGUUGCUAGAGCUAUUGAGAAAGAUGGAGGCUUGAAUGGCUAUAAACCAGAGUUCAGGACUCAUGCCACAUUACCUUAUAAGAAAACAUUUUUACAUCGUCGACAUGUUUUAGUAUGUGGUGGAGCUUCUUUAUUUACCAUAUUAACCCUAAACUGGCCUUUAACAUCAUCACCGGCUUGGGCUGCAGAGGAGUCAACUAGCCAAGAAGAUAAGGAUGAAACAGUUGUUGAUGCCAUAAAGUCUCUGUUUGAUCCUGACGAGAAAACAAAGUCAGGAAAGGUGUUGCCUAAGGCAUAUCUAAAAUCUGCAAGGGAGGUGGUGAAGACGCUGCGUGAGUCAGUUAAUGAAGAUCCUAAGGAUAAUGCCAAGUUUAGACGGACAGCAGAUGCAGCAAAGGCAUCGAUUCGAGAUUAUCUUGGUAACUGGAGGGGAAAUCAAAUGGUUGUCAAGGAGGAAUCAUAUGUCAUGCUCGAAAAGGCCAUCAGAUCGCUAGCUAGCUUCUACUCCAAAGCUGGCCCGACCGCUGCAAUGCCGGAGGAAGUUAAAUCUGACAUUCUCUCUGACUUGAACACUGCAGAAGAAUUUUUGUAAUAUAGGAGUUUUUGCCAUUCAUGCAUAGUAUAACAUAACAAGCACAGCUCAUUCAAAAGAAUUGGCAAUUGUAUACACAUUCUACUGUAAAUGGCAUUUCUACUCAAAGUUAAUGCUUCUAUCAAAUUCUUUGCCGAA